AUGGCUUCGGACGUCGUCCGGGAUGGUGUUUUUGCCAUAAACAAGCCUUGCGGCAUCAGCUCUGCCCAGGUUAUACGAGAAUGCCAGCAAGCCUUCAACCCUUCUUCAUUCUUCAAACCGAUGAUCGAUGCAGAGAUUGCCCGACGACUUAAAGAAGGCGGCCAGUUCCAUCGGCGCAGGGCUGAAAAGAAGGCGUCUCAGGUCAAGAUUGGCCAUGGAGGAACCUUGGAUCCCUUGGCGACGGGUGUAUUGAUUCUGGGCAUUGGGUCUGCCACAAAGCAGCUUCCUCAGUUCCUCGACUGCACCAAAACGUACGAGACCAUUGUCUUAUUCGGCGCGAGUACCGACACCUACGACAGAGUCGGCCGUAUUUUGUUCAAGCGUCCAUAUGAUCACAUCACACGAGAGAUGGUGGAAAAGGAGCUGGAGGGCUUCAAGGGCAAGCAGAUUCAGAUCCCACCGCUUUACUCCGCGCUCAAGAUGAACGGCAAGCCUCUCUACGAAUAUGCGCGCGAAGGAAAGCCUAUACCCAGAGAGAUUGAAGGAAGAGAGGUCGAAGUGUUGGAAAUUGAGCUUGUGGAAUGGUACGAGCCUAAGAAGCACACCCAUCGCUGGCCAACAGAGGAAGCAGAAGCCGCUGAGCGCAAUCUUGCCGAGCAGGCUUGGCGGGUCACAAAGCAACAGGAGACUGCACGGAAGCUCACGCCAGAGGAGAAGGAGCAGGAUGAUCAAGCAGUUGCGGCGCAUGAGAGUUUCAAGCGUAAAUUCGAAGAGCGACAAGACGAGCUCAUCAGAGAUGCGCCACGUAAGAAGCAGCGCCCUUCCAAGCACUCUGCCAUGAUGUCUGGCGCACUCGGUCAGCUGCCUCAGCCCAUCCACUCAAACAAGGGUAAAAAUCUUGUGCCUCCUUCGCCAGAUGAGAGCACCCCUCCGCCGUGGAACGACGAAGGUCCUCCUGCUGCCCGGAUCCGAUUAAAGGUGACAUCAGGUUUCUAUGUGCGAAGCUUCUGUCAUGAUCUUGGCACCAAGUUGGGAUCGGCAGGCCUCAUGGCAGAGCUUGACCGUGUCCGCCAGAGUGAUUUCACCGUCGGCGGCACCAACUGCCUUGAGUACGAAGACCUGGCCAAGGGCGAGGAGGUGUGGGCACCCAAGGUCGCCGAUAUGCUGGCGCGAUGGAAUGGAGAGCCCGAGGGACAGUGGCCUGGCCCUAAGGCAGCUGAAUCACCGAAGAAGCCAGAGAAGAGAAGCCCAAGCCCAAGUACUGGCGCGUCAGCUUCUGCUCGAUCUGAAAAGCGAUCGCGAUCGCCAUCUGUGAAUGGCGCCUCGUCGCCCGCUCGCAAACUCCAGGCUAAAGGCGAUGGAGAGAAGCCUACACGACAGGUCACUGGCGCCAAACCACCCACAAAGUCGGAUGACGAGAAAUCCUGGAAUGGAUUUGAGGACUGA